CUCGGGAACUUCUCUGAUCACAAGGCUCGCCCCACAAUAGCGCUCUUCGUUCCGUAUCUGCGACUGCCUAAACUGGCCCACCUGAGGAUUAAGGCUAGGACAUCGUCUCCAUCUACCCAUCCACCUCAUCUAUACCAACUCUUUGCCUCCAACCAGACCACUCAAUACAACAUGUCUUCCACAAUAGACCUCGCGAAAACACUCCCUAAGAAAGCGCCCAAUACAGAAUACCACCGCGCCACACUAAAUGGUCUAAAUCGUUUCAAGUUUGCCAUCUUCUACACAGCUGCUCUGGAUGCAGCGGAAAGCCAGCGGCUUGAAGAAAGCAUUAACACGGGCGAGCUCAGCACGGGAAGGUCUAAACUCGCUCCACAGCCAGACUUCAGCGGUCGCUCGUUGCGAGACGUGUACGACUACUUCAUCGAAGUACGCGACCAAGACGAUACCAUUCAUCCGCUAUACUUUAUAGUAGCCGACCAAGAGGAUUUUGACAACAAAGGGGUGUUGGUCGUUCUGCUCAAUUCGAGCCAAGACGAGGAAGACGUCCCAGGCGUUGGACGCUGCAGCAAUGUCGAAGCAGAUUCAUGGGGUUCCAAUAUCGAUAUCGGUAACCAAGAUUGGCUUGAUCUGAAGGAACUGGAGGCUGAGGAAUGGGGUGGAGAUGACCCGUAUGCAGAUGAUGACGACAAAGAUGACAAACUAACGCAGGGGUCUGCCACUUCGGAUGCGUCGUCCAAGAAAGUGUACGGGUGGUAUAGCUUGGUGAAAAAAGCCGUUCCGAUCAACUCCAUGCUCGAGCCAUCAUGGGCAAAGAUGAAGAAGACAGAAGAGUCUCGCUUCCAGAUGCUCGGGAACUGGCAUUCUUCAAGCGAUCCUUGGGCCGAUAUUCGCAGAGCACAUCCACAGCAAUGCGCUUUCAGACCUACUGUCCAUCGAAACAUCAUCCUGGUCGCAGAGAAAGAGGAUGCUAAUGAUCCCGAGGGCAUGGCUCUUGUUCGUUUGAAGUGGGAUGGAAACACCGAUGGCGUUGAGAAUGCGAGCCCAACGGUCAUGCCGGAAGUUGAGAUAAUAGGCAAGAUGAGCGCAUACAAGGCUUUGGAAGAGGCUGAUCGAGCGGCAUCAUAGCUCAACACAUUGUCAGUAGUAUUAGCAUGUGUGAGGGGAUCAGACGUUCCUGAUCGAACGCUGCAAUCGAUCAAUGAUAGCCUGUGUUGUACUAGUAGCCAUGUUUGUACAUCAUUGCACGGGAUGGCUGGUGUUAUUUGGUACGGUGCCGGUGC